AAAUGAGAAAAAAUCGAAAGCAACAAAUUUUGCUUCUUCUUCUUCUUUCAAGCUCUCUCAAUCAAUGGCGUCGUCUCUAUCUCCACCGGAAAAAGCUUCGUAUCACCACCGUCACUCCUCCAAAAGAUACUCCACCAACGGAAACGUCGAAUCAUCAUCGGUUUCCGAUUUCGUCAAACGACCGAAAAUCUCUCCUCAGAAUUACAUAUCUUGUUCCGAGAUCGAGUCAGAGUUUUCUCAUCAUGAUCCAGAAUUUGCUAGAAUCAACAACGGUAGCUUUGGUUGUUGUCCAUCAUCAAUCCUCGCUUUACAACGAGAUUGGCAACUCCGGUUCCUUCGUCAACCGGAUCGAUUCUAUUUCGACGAACUCAAACCGAAAAUCUCCGAUUCUAGAUCUGUAAUCAAACGGUUAAUCAACGCCGAUCACGACGAUGAAGUCUCAAUCGUUGAUAACGCCACAACUGCAGCUGCAAUCGUUCUUCAACAAACCGCUUGGGCUUUUCGUGAAGGAAGGUUCGAUAAAGGCGACGCGGUGGUUAUGCUUCAUUACGCUUAUGGCUCUGUGAAGAAAUCUGUUGAAGCGUAUGUUACACGCUCCGGUGGACACGUCAUCGAGGUACAGUUACCUUUUCCAGUUAACUCGGCGGAUGAAAUUAUUGACCGGUUUAGGAUUGGUUUAGAAUCGGGUAAAGCGAAUGGUAGGAGAGUUAGGUUAGCUUUGAUUGAUCAUGUGACUUCUAUGCCAAGUGUUGUGAUUCCUAUUAAAGAGCUUGUGAAGAUUUGUAGAAGAGAAGGUGUUGACCAAGUUUUUGUUGAUGCUGCUCAUGGGAUUGGUUGUGUUGAUGUUGAUAUGAAGGAGAUUGGUGCUGAUUUCUAUACGAGUAAUCUUCAUAAGUGGUUUUUCGCACCGCCUUCUGUUGCUUUCUUGUAUUGUAGGAAAUCGAGUAAUGGUGGUGGUGGUGUUGCGGAUUUGCAUCAUCCUGUUGUGUCGAAUGAGUAUGGGAACGGUUUGGCGGUUGAGAGUUCUUGGGUUGGAACUAGAGAUUAUAGUGCUCAGUUGGUGGUUCCUUCGAUUUUGGAGUUUGUGAAUCGGUUUGAAGGUGGGAUUGAUGGUAUUAAGAAGAGGAAUCAUGAAUCUGUGGUUGAGAUGGGUCAUAUGUUGGUUAAGUCUUGGGGGACUCAGCUCGGUUGUCCGCCUGAGAUGUGUGCGAGUAUGAUCAUGGUCGGGUUGCCGGUGUAUUUAGGAGUGUCGAGUGAUUCAGAUGUUUUGAAGCUUAGAACGUUUUUGAGAGAAAAGUUCAGAAUUGAAAUCCCGAUCUACUUUAGGCCACCUGAGGACGGAGAGAUUGAUCCAAUCACGGGAUAUGUGCGUAUUUCUUUCCAAGUUUACAACAAACCUGAGGAUUAUCAUAGGCUUAGGGACGCAAUAAACGAACUUGUGAGAGAUGGGUUCAGAUGCGCAUCUCUAUCUAGUUGAAUAAGGGCAUCAAGCUUUUCGGGCGAAUGAAUCAUCCUAGAAGUUAUCAUGGUUUAGGUACCAUGGAGCUUCAUGAGAUUUGGAAGAAGUGAAGUAACCUCUCGCUCUCUCAAGAUAAACUUCUUUUACAGUAAUGAUGUAUGAGAAAACUAAGUUUUCUUCUGUUUCCAUUGAAUCGCCUAUUCAAAAUCUCCCAUUUACAUAACAUUAGCAGGUCGGUAAUAAAGCACUAUAGUUAGUGUUGUUGGUUUCGUAAUUUGGUAUCACGGUCUUAAAAAUUCCCUAAUUUGUUACGUGUAGUAUGAUAUAUUUCAAAUGAAAUCAUUUGGUUUCGGCUCACUUAA